GUUGCAACUCGGCCAGAACAUCGUGCGAAACCCUCGUUGCUCUCGCGUUUUCGAGCUUCAGUUGCUCCGUCCGCUCGCUCAGCGUCAACACGAAGAAGGAUAGCACCUCAAUUCGCGUCUGGAAGCCACUGCACGCUGCAAACACUCGAAUUUUUUUUCCCUCCCGACUUUGGGUACUGCUCAGACGAACAAGAUGCCGGCGGCAAUCGUUGACAGCCACGGCAUCUUGGGAGUUGCUGCAGCAGGCGCCUUCCUAAACGACCUCCUCGCGCGCGCAGAGUCCGUCAAGAAAACGAACUCGAUUGAGCCACCCCUCGAAAAGUCCGACCUUGGCGAUCUCGAGCGACAGCUAAGCGAUGCGCUGGGCUACGAAGUCUCGGCGGACGAAUCCGCCGACACCAAGAAGAUACAGCGCUUUGCCCUUAUAGAAACCGCCGCGCGGGACAUCUUCAAAACAUUGAUUGCAACGACGCCAAUCGAGUCUCCUGCCUUCGUCAACGUCUGGAACCUCCUCGACAUCCUCUCCCUCCUCUCGGACUGCGAACUAUGCGACCCAGCGCUGCUGUUCUGGCUGGUCGAGGAGCUGCUUGACAGCCAAACCAUCGCCGGCUGCCGGAAGGUAUUCGACUUUCUCGAGUCACGUCGCGAGCGCAUCACCGCCAAACACUUCAAGCAGAAGCAACUCGUCAUCCUCCGCACCUGUAACGAGCUCCUCCGGCGCUUGUCUAGAGCCCUCGACCCGGCCUUUUGUGGCAGAGUCUUCAUUUUCACAUUCCAGAGCUUCCCCCUUGGAGACAAGAGCUCGGUCAACCUCAGAGGAGAGUACCACGUCGAAAAUGUUACCACCUACGACCAGGAGCCCCAGCCGACGGAUGGGGAGAGGAUGGACGUGGACACGGAUGCGACGCCACGAAAGGACAAGCCCAUGGAUCCGGACGCGCUGUAUCCCAUAUUCUGGGCGCUUCAGGAAAGCUUCAACCAGCCGAAGAAGUUGUUCGACCCGAGCCAUUUUGCUGCCUUUAAAGCUGGUCUCGAGGCAACCGUGACGACCUUUUGCACCAUCAACCCGGAGAAGCCGUCUCGUGCCAAGGAGAAGCUAGAUAAACCAGAUGACGACGCGAAACCAAGUCUCAAACGGAAGCGGGAUGACGUUGACGAUGAACUCGCCAACAGCUUUAACCCCAAAUACCUAACGAGCAGGGACCUGUUCAAGCUCGAGAUCAGCGACCUCGCGUUCCGGCGUAACAUACUCGUCCAGGCGCUCAUCACCCUCGACUUCCUCCUGUCCCUCUCGCCAAAGGCAAAGGAGAAGCUGGCGAGCGUCAAGACCCCAAAUAAGUCGGUGACUUACUCGGAUCAGCAGCUGAGCGAAGAGGACACCAAAUGGGCGACACAGAUGAGAGGCUCGAUCACCAGGUACCUCCAGAGGGGGGUUGACGGUCCAUUCUUUGAGCGAAUGGUCGGUACGGUCCUUGUGAGGGACAAGAACUGGGUGCGUUGGAAGAUCGAGAACUGCCCGUCCAUCGAGCUUCCACCCAUGUCUCCCCAACAGUUCGACGAGGCUAGGGCGACGGCAACCAGGAUGGCAAGAACAAGGCGACUGCCUAAUGACUCGCGUUCACUCGAGUUUCUCGGCGACGAGGACGAGACCAGCGCCAUGGAAAAGCUCCAGGACCCCGAGAGGUACAGCCUUCCAGAGCUGAGUAGCUUCAGGGAUGCCAUCGACGAUGCCGACUUUGACAUUGAGAGGGCAACCGACGAUGAGUCCAAAGCAUUGGCGAUGGAGAGCAAGGCGAGCAAGGCGUGGAAAGCCUUGAGGCUGGCCAGUAAAACCAAGCUGGUUGUUUUCGAUAAAAUUGAUGACGAUGACAAGAUCGACGUGAUCUUCAAGGACAAGCCGGUCGAGGAAGCCGAGGUUGAGGAGGUUGCCGCCAACGGCGAAGCAGUGUACCCUGAUGAUCGCAGGGCGAUUGUCAUUGUGGACAGGACCACGAGUCCCGGUUCAAGAUCCGAGCUGGUCAAGCAGUUCACUGCUGAGCACGCACGGGUUUUCACCAGGGUUCCACCUCAUGUCACGCGCAAGCCCCAAGAAGGCGAGGUCAAUGGGAAGGACUACCACUUUGUGGACGUCCAAGCGUUCAAUGUGAUGCGUGAUGGCGACCUCUUUCUCGAGUUUAGCGAAGAAGGCGACAAUGUCCAUGGGACGAACAAGAGGGUGGUGGAGGGCAUUCUGGACAAUGACAGGGUGCCAAUUCUGGAAGUGGACCGUGAUGUGAGUGUAUUUCACUCCCCUCAGAUCUCCGCAGCGUCAGAAACUGACAAGGUACUAUAGGGCGCACAGCAGGUCAAGGACAAUGGCUUCGAUGCAAGGUUUAUCCUGAUUGAGGCG